AUGACUCCGGGUGCGUACCGAGAACCAACAGAGAAUAUAUGGAAAAAAUGUGCUGAAGAAUUUGAAAAUAGAUGGGGAUUUCCCAAUUGCAUUGGCAGCGUGGACGGUAAACAUGUAACAAUCAAGAGACCUAACAAAAGUGGCUCCAAUUACUGGUGCUAUUUACAUAAAUAUUCAAUAGUACUUAUGUCCAUUGUUGGCCCGGACUAUAAAUUUAUAUGUGUUGAUAUUGGUGGUUUCGGAAAAGAUAGUGAUGGGGGUAGUUUCGAAACCUCAAACAUGGGAAAACGAUUUGAACAAGAUUUAAUGAGUGUCCCUGCACCUAGAUUUCUCCCUGGGCAAAAUGAAAUCUGCUCGUACGUCUUAAUUGGUCAUGAAGCAUUUGCUUUAAAACCAUACCUUAUGAGACCAUUUCCUUAUAAGCAGACUUUAUCAGACGUCAGAAAAGAGAAAUGCAAUGUAAGACUUUGUCGAGCUAGAAGGGUCGUGGAAAAUGCGUUUGGUAUUUUGUCUCAAAAAUGGCGAAUAUUUUACAGGCCAUUAGAAACUAAAGUAGAUACUACUAUUCUAAUUGUACGUACUGCAUGUGUUUUACACAAUUUUUUACGAAGUAAAAGUGGCGAUGACAAAUAUUUUCAAUUCUUAGAUCCCCCAGAACCCGUGCUUGGAGCUUUUACUGAUAUAGCAAAUGAUCCUCGAAUUCCUGUAUUCAUCGUUCGACAAAUCAUACAAACAAGGAUACUUUUUCACUAUUUCUAUCAAUAA